AACACACACACACCCUCACCCUCCCUCGCAGUCACUCCUCCUACCUCCAUCUUUCUACCCUUCCUCUUUUAUUUAUUUUUUUCCCCACCUCUCAGCAUCUGAGGCUGAAUGUGUAGGUUAGAGCUGCAGCAGCAGCAGCAGUAGUUGCAGCAUCCAUGGCUUAAGCCGCAGCUCAGAACGGCAGCUAUCCUGACAAGGACCCUACCCUUCCUCUGUCUCUCUGUCUCUCUCUCUCCUCUCUUUCUGUCUAUAUCUCUCUCUGCAUCUCUCCCUCCUGGGCUAGUUGACAGACAACUGACUCACAGUUAGCCAGGGCGUUAGCCACAUACACACAGCUGCUGUGCCUCCCAUCAUUUCUGCUGUAACCGGGGACUUCUUCUCCAUCUCCCGCUCCUCAUAGCACCUACUUUCAUUUCAGGAUCCUUGGAGAUAGAGGAAUGCAAAUCUGCAACCAUGAUGGAAGGAUUGAAAAAACGUACCAGGAAGGCCUUUGGGAUACGGAAGAAAGAGAAGGACAAUGACUCUACGGGGUCCCCAGAGAGAGAGAGUGGUGAACCCCAAGAGGUUGAAUCGUCUCAGAAGAGGACCAACGGGGCCCCGAAUGGCUUCUACGGAGAUAUCGACUGGGACAGAUAUAACUCUCCUGAGGUGGACGACGAGGGCUACAGCAUCAGACCUGAUGAGGAGUCAGAAGAAGUUACCACCAAGAAGACCCACUUCUUCUCCUCCGACGAGUCAGAAGGAGAGGAGGACCAAAAAAAAAGGUUCAAAAUCAAGAUCAAGCCACUGCCGUCUGAUUGCGUUGUAGCAGCACCCUCAUUCGACGAGCUCAAAGCCUCCAUAGGCAACAUAUCUCUGUCUCCAUCACCUCUGAGGAGUCCGAGACGUAGCCCGGGCUUGAAAAGAAACACAUCUAGUGAGGAGAUUGCCAGACCGAGACGCAUUGUCCCCACUGUUCCCACUGUGGCCCCCACACCGGCUCCAGCACCACAGCUCCCCAGCAGUCAACAAACACCAGUCCCUGAAGACACCACAGCCUUAUUUGGGCCUCCUUUGGAAACUGCGUUUGGAGCAGAACAGAAAGUUGAAGUGGUUCUGUCAGAGUCAGAUGUGUGGGGUGUUCCUCUGUCAGGGUCUGAAUCCUCUUUGACAAUGUCCUUCCCAACAGGAACACCACCACCACUUCCUCCCAAGAAUGUCCCCCUCUCACCCCCAACGACUGGCCCUCCCUCUGCAGAAGAGGCUGUGACAGUGGAAGAAGAUGGCAAGAACCCUUCCAUAGUAGACUUGGACAACAUUUUUGGACCAGAGCAAGCCCUGGCUACUGUCGAGGAUAUAAAUGACACUUGGGUCUGCUUCAGUGAAGAAUCGUCUAAACAGCCACCUCUACCAGAUGAACCUGCACCUCCAAUCCCUUGCUCCCCACCUCCUCCAGAGGAACCAGCACCUCCUUUACCAGCCUCUCCACCUCCACCAGAAACUACUGCCCCUCCAUUGCCUAUAUCACCACCUCCUCGAGAAGACCCUGUACCACCUCUCCCUACCUCCCCUCCCCCAAAACUUGACCCUGCUCCACCUCUGCCAACCUCCCCACCUCCCUCAGAAGAACCUGUUGCACCUCCCAUCCCUUCAGGUCCUCCCACACCAGAAGACAGAAAUCCUCUCACAAAUGUCACCACUCCACCCCUUCCAUCACCAAAAGAUCUUGCAUCUCCCUCUACCUCCUCUCCCCCUCCUCUCGACUUGCCUGCUAAUGUCCCACCAGCUUCUGCUCCCCAAGCAAGCAGCUCUCCAGCAGUGAGUCCUUCCUCUGAAGAACUUGCACGUGUCGUCCCAUCAUCAAUUGUCCUGUCUCAAGAGGUGAAGCCCAGAAACACAGACACCACCCAACCCAAAGAGGAUGUAAGAGAAACAGCCAGCUCAUCCAAAGAUGUCAGUCAGGGGAGCAGGAGCACGCCUCCUCCACCCCCUCCUCCCACAUACCGGACAGUGGUGUCAUCACCAGGUCCCACAUCUGGACCUGCUGGCACGAAUAGUGGUUCCUCUUCUCCAGUGCGACCUGCUACUCCUUCAUCAGUCAACUCAACCCCACCACCUCCUCCACCUCGCCCUCCUUCUCGGCCCAAACUUCCUCCUGGGAAACCAACCAUAGGAGAUGCAAGUCGCCCCUUCAGCCCGCCAAUACACUCAGCCAGCCCUCCUCCCGUCGCCCCACUGGCACGAGCUGAGAGCACCUCUUCAAUCUCGUCCACCAACUCAAUGAGUACUGCUACUACACCCACCGUUGGUAAAGAACUGUCCGUGUCUGUCUCAGAAGAUGAUGCUUAUGUAGAGAAACUGCCCACCUUUGAGAGACACAUUGAUUCAUUAGCAGAGAAUGACCAGCCAUCCCUUGUAUGGUUUGACAGAGGGAAGUUUUAUUUAACCUUUGAAGGCUGCUCCAGAGGGCCCAGUCCUCUCACCAUGGGGGCUCAGGACACUCUUCCAGUGGCCGCUGCAUUCACAGAGACGGUCAAUGCCUUCUUUAAAGGAGCCGACCCCAGCAAGUGUGCAGUGAAGGUCGUAGGUGAGAUGGUUUUGUCGUUUCCAGCGGGAAUUACGCGACACUUCGCCAAUAACCCGUCCCCCGCUGUGCUAACCUUCAGCAUAACCAACUUCAGCCGACUGGAGCAUGUGCUGCCUAACCCCCAGCUCCUCUGCUGCGACACCACCACAGAAGCCCAGGCUGAUGUCAAGGAUUUCUGGGUGAACAUGCCAAACCUGAUAUCCCACUUAAAGAAGGUGGCAGAGCAGAAACCACAGGCAACAUACUACAACGUGGACAUGCUGAAGUAUCAAGUAUCGUCACAGGGCCUCCAGUCCUCUCCUCUGAGCCUGGCAGUGAGCUGGAGGUGUGAGCCCACCAGCACUGACCUGAGAAUAGAUUACAAAUACAACGGAGAGGCCAUGACGACGCCUAUGGCCCUCAACAAUGUUCAGUUCCUUGUUCCUAUCAAUGGCGGGGUUUCAAAACUACAGGCUGUCUUACCUCCUGCCGCAUGGAAUGCAGAGCAGCAAAAAAUCCUUUGGAAGAUUCCUGAUAUCUCUCAGAAAUCUGAAAAUGGAGGUGUGGGCUCGCUGUUGGCACGCUUCCAGCUAACAGAGGGUCCCAGUAAACCGGCUCCACUGGCCGUGCAGUUCACCAGUGAGGGCAGCACCCUGUCAGGCUGUGACAUCGACCUGGCUGGGCCAGGAUACCGCUUCUCUCUCGUCAAGAAGAGAUUUGCUGCAGGAAAGUAUCUGGCCGACAACUAAACUACACUACUGAUAGUAGCACUGUUGA